CUUCCUGCCUGCCCCGCCGAGUCCGGCCGCCCUCCGAGGACUUGGAAGGCGGAGUCGCUGCGGCGGGGCUGCCUGCGCCAGCGCUCUCGGCGGGUCGGCGCCGCCGCCGAUGGAGCCCGGACUCUGAGCCGAGCCGGCCGAGGAGCAGCGCGCGUGGCUCGCCCAUUGUUUCCCAGCGGCGGACUUGGGUUUGUCGCGGCCGGACCUGCUGGGGCUACCUGGGCCGCCGGCCGAGGAGGGGGGCGACUUCCUGCCCCCCGAAGCGCUCGCCUGCGCCGGGAGGUCCCCCCUCCCCCAUCAGCGCGUGUUUUUGAAGACCUGCACUUUGAAGAACAAGGAAACACCUCUGUGUUGGUUAACAAACAUCCACGCCCUCAUGGAUUCUGAGCGCUCUGUUGCUGCCCAGUAGCUGGAAAAGUGGGAUGUUUAUGUGGAAGUGUCUCAUUUUUGGGGCUGUGCUGGUCAUAGCCACACUGUCCACUGCAAGACCAGCGCAAACCCUGCCAGAACAAGUUCUCCCCCAAACAAGCCUUGAAGCGGAGUCUUACUCAGCUCACCCUGGCGACCUCCUCCAGUUGCGCUGCCGGCUACGGGACGAUGUUCAGAGUAUCAACUGGGUACGAGAUGGGGUCCAGCUAUCCGAGAACAACCGGACGCGCAUCACAGGGGAGGAGGUAGAGGUCAGGGACGCUGUGCCUGAGGACUCGGGUCUUUACGCCUGCAUGACCAACAGCCCCUCAGGAAGCGAGACCACCUAUUUCUCCGUGAAUGUCUCAGAUGCUCUUCCAUCUGCAGAAGAUGACGAUGACGAUGAUGAUUCUUCCUCGGAAGAAAAGGAGGCAGACAACUCCAAACCAAACCAAGCCAUCCCACCUUACUGGACGUACCCUGAGAAGAUGGAGAAGAAGCUCCAUGCAGUUCCUGCUGCCAAAACUGUGAAGUUUAGAUGCCCCUCGAGUGGGACACCUACGCCUACACUGCGUUGGCUGAAGAAUGGCAAGGAAUUCAAACCUGAUCAUCGUAUUGGUGGAUACAAGGUUCGUCAUGCAACCUGGAGCAUCAUCAUGGACUCUGUGGUCCCAUCAGAUAAAGGCAACUACACUUGCAUUGUAGAGAAUAAAUAUGGAACCAUCAACCACACCUACCAGCUCGAUGUUGUUGAGAGAUCCCCUCACCGACCUAUCUUACAAGCUGGGCUCCCAGCUAACAAGACAGUCUCACUGGGUAGCAAUGUGGAAUUUGUCUGCAAGGUCUAUAGUGACCCUCAGCCCCACAUCCAGUGGCUGAAGCACAUUGAGGUCAAUGGAAGCAAGAUUGGACCAAAUAACUUGCCAUAUGUUCAAGUCUUGAAGCACUCGGGAAUUAAUAGCUCUGAUGCGGAGGUGCUGACCCUGUAUAAUGUGACAGAGGCUGAAAGCGGGGAGUAUAUUUGUAAGGUUUCCAAUUAUAUUGGUGAGGCUAACCAGUCUGCGUGGCUGACCGUCACCAGACCCGUGGCUGAAGCUAUAGAAGAAAAGCCAGCCAUGAUGACCUCCCCUUUGUACUUGGAGAUAAUCAUUUACUGCACAGGGGGUUUCCUCAUCUCCUGCAUGAUCGUGACUGUCCUCAUUUACAAGAUGAAGAGUACCACCAAGAAGACCGACUUCAACAGCCAGCUGGCUGUCCAUAAACUGGCCAAGAGCAUCCCCUUGCGCAGACAGGUCUCAGCUGAUUCAAGUUCCUCCAUGAAUUCAGGUGUGAUGCUUGUGCGUCCCUCAAGGCUCUCCUCCAGUGGGACUCCAAUGCUGGCAGGUGUAUCUGAAUACGAGCUGCCAGAAGACCCUCGCUGGGAGUUGCCCAGGGACAGGCUGAUUCUAGGGAAACCCCUGGGGGAAGGUUGCUUUGGACAAGUUGUACUAGCUGAAGCAAUAGGCCUGGAUAAAGACAAGCCAAACCGAGUUACUAAAGUGGCAGUGAAAAUGCUAAAAUCUGAUGCCACUGAGAAGGACCUGUCUGACUUGAUCUCAGAGAUGGAGAUGAUGAAAAUGAUUGGGAAGCACAAGAACAUCAUCAAUCUUCUUGGAGCGUGUACUCAGGAUGGCCCACUCUAUGUGAUCGUAGAGUAUGCAUCCAAGGGGAACCUAAGGGAAUAUCUGCAAGCUCGUCGCCCUCCUGGCAUGGAAUACUGUUAUAACCCCACCCACGUCCCGGAAGAACAGCUCUCUUUCAAAGAUCUGGUGUCAUGUGCAUACCAAGUGGCCAGGGGCAUGGAAUACCUGGCAUCCAAAAAGUGCAUUCACCGAGAUUUGGCUGCCAGGAAUGUGCUGGUAACAGAAGACAUCGUGAUGAAGAUUGCUGAUUUCGGCCUGGCUCGAGACAUUCACCACAUAGAUUAUUACAAGAAGACAACAAAUGGUCGUCUGCCAGUCAAAUGGAUGGCCCCAGAAGCCUUGUUUGAUAGAAUAUACACCCACCAGAGCGAUGUGUGGUCCUUUGGUGUCCUCCUGUGGGAGAUCUUCACACUGGGUGGUUCUCCAUACCCAGGCGUGCCAGUGGAGGAGCUGUUCAAACUGCUGAAAGAGGGGCAUCGGAUGGACAAGCCCAGCAACUGCACCAAUGAACUGUACAUGAUGAUGCGGGAUUGCUGGCACGCUGUUCCAUCCCAACGGCCAACAUUUAAGCAGCUGGUUGAAGAUUUAGAUAGGAUUGUGGCCAUGACUUCAAACCAGGAAUACCUGGACCUCUCUCUGCCAUUGGACCAGUAUUCUCCCAGUUUUCCAGACACUCGCAGUUCUACCUGCUCUUCUGGAGAGGACUCUGUUUUUUCCCAUGAUCCCCUCCCUGAUGAGCCUUGUCUUCCCAAGCACCCACCUCACCUUGCCAACGGUGGACUCAAAAGGCGCUGAUGCUGCAACAUCUGUGGGACUCUUCUGUGCAUACGAGUGUGACGUGUGUGUGUCGUUGAAUGAAUGGGCGUGCGUAUGUGUGCACACUCUCCAUCCAGCUGGGCUGGGGGGGAGGACCACCGGAGGGCAGCGAAUAAGGAACUGCCAAAAGUCCAUUCCAGGGAACCAAACCCACACACCACCAUCUUCUUCAGUACACUGCCAUCUGUUGCAAGCCUUAAACCUUCUAGAGAGGUGCUCAUAGAAAAUCAGUCUUGUGAUUUGGGGUGGGAAGCAGUGUCUCAACAAAAAAGGAAGAUCCAGAUGUCGCUUCCUAGGAGAUUCUGGGGUGGGGGGGGUGAAGAACAUUCCUAUGAAGAUGAGAGCCUUUCCUUUCUUUUUCUCAUUCAUAAAUCCAAGCUCCCCAACCUCUAAGAGCUCAGAAAGCAAAAAUCAAAGCUGCUGUGUGUGAUAUUACCGGUGGGCAACAGGAUACUCUAAGCUGAAAAGUCUUUAGCAUCUGCUGUUUGAGGACCUGUUGCUGUCUCAUCCAAAGGUGGAAUCCACACCCACUACAACAUCCUAAUUCUGGGAACUUUGCAGUACAACUUUCUGCAGACUGAACAGAGAAGGCAAUCCCAUUGUUUCUGACGUGGCUUGCUUCCAAGCCAGCAGGCUUAGGAGCGCACUGUCCGUUCGUCCUUUGCUGACCAAACCAGAAAGUGAGCUACCACAUCGUACAUCUUCACAGCACUGGCAUAAAAUUUAAAGGAGGCAGCCCAAUGAACCCAGGGCUUGGAGGUUUUCAAACAAAACAAAGGAAAUUAAAGAACUUGUACAUAGCUGCAACAAAAUGUAUAAAUAUUAAUUAUAUAUUUACAUGUCUUUUUUUUUUAAGGGUGGUUACCAGAGAUAAUAUCACUCUGAUAGUAAGUUACUAGUGACUGGUAGGUAUCAGUUGCUAUAAAAGGAACCCAAACAAAUCAUAUAUUUUGCUACUUCUGCUGGUUUUGCUUUUUUUUUUUUUUUUAAAUUAUGUUCUAAAACUUUAUUUUUCAGUUUAGGUACUUCAAUAAAAAUUGCUGCUUCAGUUUUAUAUGGGAUUAUAUCGAAUGGUGGGUUUGUUGGUAACCAAGCCUUUGAGGGAGUUGUGAAAUCUUCCCCAUCUCCUGCACCCACCUUCCCACCCUUAGCCUGUGGGUUGGCCCCUUCUUGGGACCUGGAGUCCACCUCAGAGGCCCUCUCGCUCACUCCCUUGCUGUGAGAGAGAGAGUGAUGCAAGGCAUCAUGUCAGGCCUGAAGUCUCCUGAAGAAUUGGGGUUAGGAAGCCCAGGUUCUGCAUUUUACCAGUAAGAACUUACAAUAAGUUCUUACCAGUAAGAACUUACUCACUUAGUGUUUUGUACUGGGGGAACAAGGUUGCCCAAGCAUCCUGUGUGCAAAUUCUCCAACACGUUGUGCUAGAUUGGCAGCUUUGAAUGAGUCACUCUUCUUCACCUGGGUAGUGCCAAAACUCGUUGAGUGUCUUAUCUGAAGCCACAGGGACCUUAUUGUAGGAUGCUUUUCAUUCUCUUAAUUUCUGUCUCUGUUUUGAGUUGUAAGAAUUACCUAGCCAAAUGUUCGGUAACUGUCCAGUUUUUCCAGUAGCAAUUUUGGGGGGGGGGGUUGGGGGGGAGAGGAGCUCCCCAAACUGCAAGGCACAUCCUCACCACUUCUUUGUCUUCCUUUUCGAUUUCUUUAUUUGGUCGUAGGAAAAAUCUAAGUGAUGUGUCACUAUUUUCUCCCCCCGCCCCACCUUUUUUUUUUCCCUAGUGGCCAUUUGAGAACUAAAGCCUUAUAGAAGAAGGGGCUUCUCCAAGUUACAAGGAACAUCUCCACUUCCUUUUCUUCCAGCAUCACUACGUUAUCCCAGCCACUAACAAACCUGUGCAAUUUGAGCCAUGUGAAAUGUUACCUUCCUAGUGCUAUGAAUUCAUCUACCAGUACUUAUUACCAGGGGUGUCCGUUGGGGGGUGUCGAAACCGUUGAGUUGGCAGGUGCAACUGCAUGAUCAAAGCCGAACCCUUUGUUUUACGCAUCAAUCGCAUGGUCAUGACUGCCUUUUUGACCCGCUCUGUGGAUGAUGGUGCCCAUUUCCACCUUCUCUGCAGAAUUAGUGUAACAGUCACUUCCAACACUCUCAAGUUCCCUCCUCUCCUCUGUUCCUGCCAUCUUAGAGGCAUGCCUCCCUGGUACCCUCCAGAACUUUUGGGGAUGCUGCUCCCAGAAUUCCCCAGCUAACAUUGGCUGGAGAAUUCUGGGAGUUACAGCCCUAUAUUUCUGGUGUCCCCUUCCUGUAACUGUGUAACCUGGAUCCAACACCAUUCAUCCAGUACUCGAAAGCUUGUCCUGCCUUUGUAUUGAAUCAGAUGAAUUACGUUUUUAAAACAUUUCUGUAUCAAAUUUGGAAGUCUUGUAAUUUAUUUUUUAAAGGAAAUAAUUUUAAUUCCUGGAACACUCUCGUUGCCUCCCUUUGUGUGCCUUCUUUCCAGAAUCUAUGGCAAACUGGAGAAUAAAUCAUACCUUUAUGUCCA